GAUUUGCGGUCAACACUGAAAUUUCAAGUAUUUCCCUCUCUUGGAGUUGGAGGUUCAAAAUUCUCUCAUUGUCUUCCAUAAAAAAAAACAAGAGAAAGAGAAAAGAAAUGACUGGACUCUCUUUGCCACAUUCUGUUUCCAAUUUUCCUCCCACCAACUUCCCUUUGAGCUGCUCUGCCUCUAGAAAUGGCUUGUUGCGGCGGACUGCUGGUGGUUGCAGUGGAAUUAAGAAGAGGAGAGGAGUGGCGGCGGUUAGGUGCUGCACAGCGCCGGCGGAGGCCGCGCAGACGAAUAACCGGACGGCGACGCUUAAGAUUGUAAACGAUACCCUAGAUAUAUGCAGAAUCCUUAAUGGGAUGUGGCAGACUAGCGGUGGCUGGGGCACAAUCGACAGAAACGAUGCCGUUGAGGCUAUGCUCAAACACGCCGACGCUGGUCUCACUACCUUUGACAUGGCUGACCACUAUGGGCCCGCGGAAGAUCUUUUUGGCAUCUUCAUCAACAGAGUUCGCCGAGAACGUCCUCCAGAGUAUCUGGAAACUGUAAGAGGACUUACCAAAUGGGUGCCACCACCUGUGAAAAUGACCAGGACCUUCGUUCAAAAAAGCAUUGAUAUUUCAAGGAAAAGGAUGGAUGUUGCAUCUCUAGACAUGCUUCAGUUUCAUUGGUGGGAUUACUCUAAUCCUGGGUACCUAGAUGCAUUGAAGCAUCUGACUGAUCUGAAAGAAGAAGGUAAGAUUAAGACCGUUGCCUUGACUAACUUCGACACAGACAGACUACAGAUAAUUUUAGAAAAUGGCAUCCCGGUUGUUAGCAAUCAGGUGCAACAUUCAAUAGUUGACAUGCGUCCUCAACAGAGAAUGGCAGAGCUUUGUCAAAUAUCUGGAGUUAAACUUAUAACGUAUGGAACAGUUAUGGGAGGGUUAUUGUCUGAAAAAUUUCUUGAUACCAACUUUAGGAUUCCAUUUUCUGGUCCUCCAUUGAGCACUCCAUCACUACAGAAGUACAAAAGGAUGGUUGAUGCUUGGGGAGGGUGGAGUCUCUUCCAAGAGCUCCUUAAAACACUCAAAAAAAUAGCCAACAAACAUGCUGUCUCCAUUCCAACAGUUGCUGUAAGAUACAUCCUAGAUCAGCCUAGUGUGGCAGGAUCGAUGAUAGGUGUCAGGCUUGGGCUAUCAGAACAUAUCAAGGAAUCGAAUGAUGUUUUCUCUCUUGCCCUAGACCAAGAAGAUAUGCAGCACAUUGAACACGUCACAGAGAAGGGAAAAGAUCUUCAAAAUGUAAUAGGUGACUGUGGAGAUGAAUAUAGACGUGCAUAGAGAAUUAGAGAUGUUGUUACUAUUGUCAUUAUUAAGAGAAAUUGCACUUUCUGGCCGGCGUAUUUCUGGACCAUUUUGGACUUUUGGUCAAGCACUUUAACUAUGAAGGAAGAGUGUAAAAACUAAAUUGUAUCUUAAUUUCAUGUAAAUUUUGAAUGUGCACCUUUAAAAACAAACUCUUGCAUAACAAAAAACAUUUAAUUCAUUACUUUUGAAGAACGCA